AUGGGUAAAGCCAGGAAAGGUAAGAAACGGCUCCACACCGUCGUCUCUAAUGAAGGAAACCCCAACGACAAGAUGAGAUAUUCCAAAGGCCGGCUUGGGGGAAAUAUUAUUCACCAGACGGAAUGGGAAUACCAAUUGCGUUGUUGCCAAAUGGACCAGAAUGCAGAUAUUAUCGGCGUGAGCUUGGAAUCCUCCUCUUCAAUCUUGAACACAGGGCCAGGCGGUAGCAAUGACAUAGCUUCAUAUCGGUUUCAAUCAGCUGUUAAACAACAAUGGUGUUUCGACUUCGUUCUUCCAGGUGGAAGAGGACAGGCGGAACAUGCGUAG